CUGACUAGCUAUUUCCGGGUCAAUGCAGGACGCGGCGGCCGGACGGGGAGCCUAACGCGGGGUCCGUGAAUCACGGGGAAUAAGAUGUUUCUCCUCUGAAAAAAUGAAGAGCUGAGCUGAUUCUCCUGAGAUUCGAACCUCUUGACUUAAGGUGUGCUGAUGCAGAGACCAAAUUCCAGGAAGGGACCAUGGAUCAGCCCAGAGGGAGAAGUUUCAUGCAAGUUCUCUGUGAGAAAUACAGCCCCGAAAAUUUUCCAUAUCGUCGCGGUCCUGGCAUUGGAGUGCAUGUCCCAGCCACACCUCAGGGUUCGCCUAUGAAAGAUCGUCUCAACCUCCCAAGCGUGCUGGUGUUAAACGGCUGUGGAAUUACCUGUGCUGGCGACGAGAAUGAAAUUGCUGCCUUCUGUGCUCAUGUAUCUGAACUGGAUCUUUCUGACAAUAAACUAGAAGACUGGCACGAGGUCAGUAAAAUUGUGUCAAACGUUCCCCACCUGGAGUUUCUAAACCUCAGUUCCAACCCUCUGAGUUUGUCCGUUUUGGAGAGGACAUGUGCCGGGUCUUUCGCUGGCGUUCGCAAACUUGUACUCAACAACAGCAAAGCGUCCUGGGAGGCGGUCCACACAAUACUGCAAGAAUUACCAGACUUGGAGGAACUCUUCCUGUGCCUUAACGACUAUAAAACAGUGUCUUGUUCUCCGGCGUGUUGUCACUCUCUCAAAUUGCUCCACAUAACUGACAAUAAUCUCAGAGACUGGCCCGAAAUUAGGAAGUUGGGGAUCAUGUUUCCGUCGCUGGACACGCUUGUCUUGGCUAACAAUUACCUGACGACCAUUGAGGACUCGGAAGAUUCUCUCGGGCGCCUGUUCCCAAACCUGCGAUCCAUCAGCCUACACAAGUCAGGUCUGCAAAGCUGGGAAGACAUCGACAAACUCAAUUCUUUCCCCAAGCUCGAGGAAGUGCGAUUGUUGGGCAUUCCUCUCCUUCAGCCAUACACCAAUGAAGAGCGCAGGAAGCUGGUAAUAGCCAGAUUACCAUCUAUCACUAAGCUGAAUGGAAGCGUCAUUGCAGAGGGAGAACGGGAGGAUUCAGAGAGGUUUUUCAUUCGUUACUACAUGGACUUUCCACAAGAGGAGGUCCCUUUCAGGUAUCAUGAGCUAGUAACAAAAUACGGGAAACUGGAGAAACUGGCAGUGGUAGAUCUUCGUCCUCGGAGCAGCGCCAAGGUGGAGGUCCACUUCAAAGACCAGGUCGAGGAGAUGACCGUUCGUCUGGAUCAGACGGUAGCAGAACUAAAGAAACAGUUGAAAACAUUAGUCCAGUUACCGACCAGCAGCAUGCUUGUUACCCACUGUGACCACGAAGCUCCUUUUGGGCCCGAGGAAAUGAAGUACAACUCACGGGCGCUGCACUCCUACGGCAUUCGGGAUGGAGAUAUAAUUUAUGUGGACUCCAAAGCCAAAUAAGCUGCUCGCAUUCAGGGCGUGCGUGCCCACUUUUACUCAGACCCAUGCACGCAUCAAGGACUUCUGCAGGCGCAUUUUGUUUUGGUUUGUCAGUAGAGGUUUGGUUUGAUCUUAUCUAGGUACCAGAUAACUCCUCGAACCCAGGGUAGCAGGUCCACAUCUAGGAGACGUGCAUGGUGAUCUGGUGCAGAUUACGAAGGCAAUGAUUUUAAGAGGAGGUAACUGAGUUUGAGUGUGCGUGUGCAAUUUUUAUGUUUUUCCACUUGGUUUCACCAAUACCGUGACAUUCUCCAAUCUCCUGUGGUAUACUUGUGAAUUUAGCAUGAAAAGCUUUCAAAGCCAAGGAGGUUAUUACAGUCAGGGAGUUCAAAACCAUACAUGGAGUACGUGUUAAAAAGAUCCUGUAUGGCUCUUGUUCACUUGGCAGUCGUACUCCAAUUUCAAACGACUGCAUUGCAGGUCAUUCACCUGGGUGGCCUGUCGUCUCUUUGUUCCCUGAAGUUAGGUUUGGUGGGGGGAAAUGUUCUAUAAGCACUGUUCUACCAGACAGAAGUCUGCAGGCUAUCCUGUCCCCUACUAGAUUUCAGUGAAGUAAAGGAGCUCAAAAAUCUGUCAGAGAAUCUCAUACGCUGCAGCUUCUAAAGCACAGUAGCGGGUGCGCUCUAGUUGAGCGCAAUCAGUCCAAUAACUCAUUCAGCUUAUGAGCUUUCUAGAGUAGCUUUGAGACCAGCUGUAGUGCAGAAAACAUUUUGGGCAUUUGGGGGGUUGGCUUUUGUAAUACGAACCGGUUCGUAUUGGCAGCUGAGAAGUAUCCCUGGUCCUCCACUUAAGAGGGUUCGCUCUGCUUUUGAUACCCGAAACGAAGUUCUGAGUGUGUGAUCAGUGACCCAGCGAUUUGUAGGAGCACUCGGCGUCCCUUGUUGCCCAGACUUGCACUGGAAGUCGAAACCCUUCCACUCGUAUCCUGCACUUUUAAAGACAAAACUAGAAAUGGGGUGGGACUCUUUUACUUAGUAAACAAUAUGAGGCAUCAAAGGAGCAACUGCUCCAGGUCAGUCUCCGGAAGACAGCUAGAUGGCAAAGCUUCUUCCGUUCCAGGAACGCUGCACUUUCAGGCUUUGUGUCACAAAGAAAUUAACUUUAAAAGUAUUCCCCGUCUCUGUCUUAAGUGUGAUUUAAACCUUGGGUUGUUCCCAGGACAGAGAUGUAAGAGGAUUACCCAUCCUUGGAGAAGGCAUUGAACAAAAACAGAUGGGCUUCUUUGGGGUGGAGAGGGGUUAAUCCUCUUGCACACUUUAAAAGUAAACCUUGGGGUUCAAGACCUACGUAUGCCUCAAAUCUAAUUCAAGAAAAAAGGGUUCCUCAGCUAUCGAGGGGAAGCCACCACAAGAGGUAUAAAAUGCCCAUGAUUCUUACACACACACACACACACGUUGUAUAGCGGAAUCCCUUUUUAUGGUUUUUUUAUGAAAUCCAGCUGGAAAAAAAUGUUUUAUGUCUGGUUCGUAAAUCAGGUAGCGAUUUCCCCUCUGCAUUGUCCAUCCUUGCUUGUCUGUCAAUUUUGACAUGUUGUAAUCUGAAGAAUUACUCAAUUUUACACCCCUUUUUUUAAAACGCAAAUGUUUUUCCCAGCAGCUUAGUCAAGGCUCUUGUUACCUGUGAACUUCUGACCUUGGUUAUAUCCUCUCCACCUGCCCCCUUCCCUCCCCCCAAUGCUUCUGUUCUCUGGGGCUCCCUUUCUAUAUAUCCAACAGUUCGGGUAUCUUUUUUCUUCUUGGGGUCUGCAGAGUGGAAAACCAAAACAGUAGCCUUUUUUAUAAUAGAGGAAAGGUGCUGUUGGGAAUUGUCCAACCACCUGUAUGCUAAAAGUAGAGAGAGGACAGUUGAAGGCCAGGUGAAAUCAUGAAUCUCUUCGCGUGGAGCUCAUUCUCUUCCCCCUCACUCCUGCCCCACCUUUAUUUAAAAUAUUUUUUUAAGAUGAGCAAUAUAGAGCAGAGGAUUGCCUGUGAAACACUGUAGCCCCUCUUUUUAUUUCACUGGCUCCAAGUAAGAAAUACUUGCAUAUGUAUAUGUGGAGUCAUUCCAGGCUAUGUGUUGAAAUGACUCUGGGCUCUAUAAGCUGUAGCGUAGCUGAGGCAGUUUGGUUUCCCAUCCAGUUGGGAAGUAAAAUGCUUCUUAGUUAUCCCUCAGUGGAGCUCCAAAACUAAUGCUUUAUGUACGAUGUGUGUGUAUAUGUAUAUUUACACAAAAUGGGAAAUGGUCAUGUUAAUAAGAUAUUUUAUUAUAAAGCAAAGUUUUAUUGAAGAUAGGGUUGUGUAAUAACCUUAUUACACAAUAAUUAUUAUUAUUGCGACUGUGGUCUUAACGUGCAAAAGAUGUUAGCCCUGCAGUUGUACGGCUAUCUGGGCAAGAGAACUGAAUCACGUGAAAAGGAACGGACAACUGAACUGUAUGAAACAGUAUUCCCUCCCCCCUCCCCUUUCCCUAAUAUUUAUGCAGCAGUGACAGGCAUUAAUGAAAUGUUGUAUUUGCCGGUGGGCUGCAGUCAUUGCACAGGUGUUGGCUUCAUAGAAAGAACCGUACCACGUAUUAAAGUCUGUGAAGGAUUCCUUGAAAAUCUACGUUUGUGUUUCUGCUCUCAUAAGAGAAUGACGUGUCCUUAUCUCAACGUCUCCGCAGGGCUGCUUGUACUCCAGAAUCAGAAUUCUGCAACCUGUAUAAGUUAUGCAUAGUUUAUUCUGCCAUUCAUGAUGGAGAUGGGGGAGAGCAACGUACAGCUGUCAAAGCUGCUUUCUGCCCUUAACUGCUGGAAUUGUUAUUUGUCACCCUUCUGGCUUCUGAUAACCUCCCCUCCAUUUUAUUGAUCAGAAGAAAACAUGCGGGCCCUGGUUAGGGAAUUAAGUGAAUGCCAAAAUACUUAGGAAACCUACACGCAAGCAUUCGGCAGGUUUUCUGUGCUUGUGUAGAACUCAUGCUGUCUUAGAUCACCUUUUCAGGGAUGAAGAAGGCAGCGGGAAGAGCUUUUCACCUGCCAGAGAUAUUAUUUCUUGGUCUGGAUUUUCCUGUUGAAUGCAGUGGACCAUUCCUAGUGUAUGCAAACAGCAAGGGCCGGACCUCAGGGGUGGCAUUCCAUCGCAACAAGCAGGCUUUUUCAAAAAAAAAAAAUCUGAUGCACCCAAAAAAAACCCCACAACCAUUUGUAUCUCCUUGAUGUGCUUGUGCAGCCACAUAAAAGGUUUGCAACCAUCAUGAAAGAUCUUAAGUGGGAUCCCGCCCCCCGCCCCCCCCCACACACACACUGUGUUCUUCACAUAAAACCUAGUCUCGGCCGUUGGGUUUUGUUAAAGAAUGUAUGUGUCGUGUUUGUAUUUUGCCAUUUUGUCUGGCUGUUGGCCAUGGAUAAGGUGGAUUUCUGAAGCAGCCGUAGCAGAUGGUUCCUUCUUAUCAGAGACGCGCUGAACAAUAGGGACCGAGCCAGGAAAUGAUACGCGUAUCCCAUGUUGGCCAUUGCUUGGAAAUACGUCCUAACAUACAACUCCCUUUUGCAUUCUGUUUUGAAGUUGCAGAAGAAAUGUGCAUAAUUCCUAUUGCUGGAUCUGUAUCAUGGUUAAGAGUAUUGGGCAAGGACAAGAUUCCCCUCUUGGUUGCCAUGGGGAGUGCUAGGAAAUCUGCUGGCGAGCACCAACUGUUUUUGGAAAAUGGAAUGGGGCAGGUGGGGCUUUUGCCCAACUUAUGGAAAUGUUUUGAUGCCUGCCAAAGAUACACAGGUACUGCCAGAUGAGAGUUUCUUGGCUAGGUCAAUAAGUAUACUUAUUUUGUGUGUAUGCAAGAUAAUAUUUUUAAACAAUACAUUUCUCUUAAAAGGAAUGCUGUUGUAAUGGAGCUUCUGCCUGAAAUUUUGGAAGAGUUACUAUCAGAAUUAUGCACAGCCUCGCUCUUUAACAUUUUAGGGUUUGCCUGACCUCUCUUUUGCAGCUGCUCCUACUACCCUGGGUCAGAAUUCCAAAGGUACCCACAUUUCAAAAAGGUUGGGGACCGCUAAGCAACCCAAGUUUAAAUCCACACUCUCUCGUGAUAUUAAUUGGGCAAAUCUCACUCUCUUGCUUGGCCAUGUAUGCUGCCCUAAGCUUGUUGGAAGAAGGGCAGGAUAAAAACAUACUAUAGAGAGCAACUUUCACUAGACCUGACAAGGCUAUUGAAUAACACUUUUGCUGGGCCCCAAAGGGGGAGACAGCUUCUCUAAUCACAGCUCCCUUUUUCUUUCCCAAGGAAUCGUCAGCACUCCUUUCUUGUACCAAAGUUGCACUAUGUGCAAUUAUGAUAAAUUCUUAACUUAGCAUAUGUGGUCCUCUCUGAACAGAACGUUAAAACUGUGUAUGUCCGCAGUUCUUGGUCAGCUCACAUGUUUCGAUGACUUUGAACAGUUGCGUAUUUACGAGUUGCAGAAUUCAGGUAACUGAGUACCAAGCUAUAGCAAACAAACGCCAACCUUGUACUUGGUUCCCCCCACCUGUGACGUGUAUGGUCUGAGCUGGAUUGGAGUUGUUCACUGUUGGGGGAUCCCCAGCUCUGAUCUUGCUAGACUUAAAAUUCUGCUUUCAGAAUAAAUUAUGCAAACCAUA